CUACUUUCAAACUUUUAGCGGUACCCGUUCGGAGUUGUAUAAUUUGUUGCCUUCUUAUUACAUCAAUUCAAAUGCAGAUAAAUCUUCCACAAAGAAGAGGGCCGCCCACUAGGGAGGAGUCUCUUCCAACGGCCAAGCUCGAGCCUGUUGAUCUCCAAAAUCAUAAUUUUAAGAAACCUACUAAACAAAUUACUUCGAUCGAUGAUAUAAAACAUGUUUGGGAAAAGUCAGUUGCGUAUAGAGAUCUUUUGGGAUUUAUAAGGGUUAUCAACGAAGCUGUUAAAAAUAAGAAAAUGUCAGAAGAAUAUUACAAAUCUGAGAAUAUAGAAAAACUUCUCACUCUACUGGAUACCCUAAGUGUUUGGAUAGAUGAAGUCCCGCCAAUUGAACAACCUCAGAGGUUCGGAAAUAAGGCUUUCAGAAUUUGGUUUGAUCGAUUAAAACAGCAAACGGAGAGCUUGCUAAGAGAGCGUCUAGACGCUAAGUUUGAACCCGCUAUUGAAGAAAUUAGCCUGUAUUUUAUAGAAUCUUUUGGUAAUGAUAUUCGAAUAGAUUACGGGACAGGUCAUGAAAUGGCUUUUGUUACCUUUUUAUGCUGCCUUUUCAAAAUUGGGCUUCUCAAUGAGAAAGACUAUGUUGCCUGUUCGUUUGCCGUUUUCGAAAAAUAUCUGGAAUUGAUGCGAAAAUUACAGCAAGUAUAUAAAAUGGAACCAGCUGGAAGUCAUGGAGUUUGGAGUUUAGAUGAUUAUCAAUUUAUACCGUUUAUUUGGGGAUCCGCUCAAUUUAUUGAUAAUCAUAGACUUUCACCUAAGUCAAUUGCCGAUGCAGAUAUUGUAAAUACGUUUUCGAAAGACUAUAUGUUUUUAAGAUGUAUUCAAUAUAUUAAUUCUGUUAAAACUGGCCCAUUUGCCGAGCAUUCUAAUCAAUUAUGGAAUAUAAGCGGAGUUCAAUUAUGGUCUAAGGUUAAUAAUGGACUUUUUAAGAUGUAUAAAGCUGAGGUAUUAGCUAAAUUUCCAGUUAUUCAGCAUUACUUUUUUGGAUCUCUAAUGACUACUGAAUUGGCAAAUGACUAG